UGCGCUGCCCCCCGUGUCCGCCGCGCUUCCCCUCCCCGGGCCGCCCCCGCUGCCCGCGCGGCUCGAGGACCGUCGCCCCUCGGGAGACCCGGCAGGGGCCCAAGAACGGGGUGGGGAGGCGGCGGCGCUCGGCCCCCGACGCUCCUGCGCGCCGCGGGGCCCAGGUCGCGGGGUCCCCCUGAGCGGACUAGGACUGGGGCUUUGGUGUUAACCGGGAGCGACGUGGGGAAGCUCGUCUCCCGAGAAGGAAGGAGCGAGAAGGGCUUUUCUCACUCGUUUCCCGUCCCCUUCUCUCCAGUUCAUGGUUAUGAAGUUGAGACCGGGAGGGGUAGGGGGGGAGCAAGGGAACCACCUUUUAGUCUCCUCCCCCCCCCCCCCGUUUUGCCUUCAUCCCGUCGUACAGGCCGGAAACAUCCCUUGCUUUAAGGAGGCAUCUUUGGUUUGCCCGGUGCCCCGGCGGGCCCUGAAGAGGCACAGCUCUGGCAAGGCUGAUGAAGCUACUGGCACAGCUCCCUUCCACCUCGACCUCUGGUUCUACUUCACCCUGCAGAACUGGGUUCUGGACUUUGGCCGCCCCAUCGCCAUGCUGGUGUUCCCACUCGAAUGGUUUCCACUCAACAAGCCCAGCGUAGGGGACUACUUCCACAUGGCCUACAAUAUCAUCACGCCCUUCCUGCUGCUCAAGCUCAUCGAGCGGUCCCCUCGCACCCUGCCCCGCUCUGUGAUCUACGUCAGCAUCAUCACCUUUGUCAUGGGUGCCAGCAUCCACCUGGUGGGCGACUCCGUGAACCACCGCCUGCUCUUCAGUGGCUACCAGCACCAUCUGUCUGUCCGCGAGAACCCCAUCAUCAAGAAUCUGAACCCUGAGACGCUGGUGAGGGCCCCCCCCCCACGCAUGCAAAGCCCUGUGGGUCGGCCGUCCUGGCGGGAGAGCCCCGCCGCCUGCCCUCCUGACCUGCUGGAGGCGCCCUGCUGGGGAGAGGGACCCCUGGGGAGAGGGCGGGGCGGCAGGGGGGGGGAUGAGGGCGGCUGGGGGAGGCCCACCCCGGCACCCCCCGGUGCACCUGCCGCCCUCAGAUCGACUCCUUCGAGCUGCUCUACUACUACGACGAGUACCUGGGCCACUGCAUGUGGUACGUCCCCUUCUUCCUCAUCCUCUUCAUAUACUUCAGUGGCUGCUUCACUCCCACCAAGGCGGAGAGUUCAGUGCCGGGGGCAGCCCUGCUCCUGGCCAUGCCCAGUGGCCUCUACUAUUGGUACCUGGUCACCGAGGGCCAGAUCUUCAUCCUCUUCAUCUUCACCUUCUUCGCCAUGCUGGCCCUUGUCCUGCACCAGAAGCGGAAGCGCCUCUUCCUGGACAGCAACGGCCUCUUCCUCUUCUACUCCUUUGCUCUCACCCUUCUGCUUGUGGCCCUGUGGGUCACCUGGCUCUGGAACGACCCCGUGCUCAGGAAGAAGUACCCGGGUGUCAUCUACGUCCCCGAGCCCUGGGCCUUCUACACCCUCCACGUCAGCAGCCGACCCUGAGUCCCAGGCAGCGGCCACUCGGGGCCCUGCCUGGAGGGAGAUGAGCUGUAGCGAGUGUGUGAGUGUGGGAUGUGUGUAUCCCCCCGUGGAUGUGCGGUCAUCACGGCGUUGGUAGGGAUGUGCGUUGUGCACAUGGACAAGGGUGUGUGUGUGUGUGUGUCGUGUGUGUGCGCGCGUAUGUAUGUGUGUCUGCUUAUGUGUAACUGGUAACAGGACAUUGGUGAGGGUGUGCAUCGUGCACUCGGACAGGUGUGUGUGUGCGCGCGUGCGCAUGUGCAGAGUGCACCGUCAUAAUAGUUGUUUGGAUCAAGUUUCUCUUUGGUUUGGAUCUUUUCAGGUUGGGAUAUAGUUUCAGGCAGUGCGUCCAGGCCGAGGUCGGGGCCCUGCCUUCUCAUGCACCUGACUGGAGCUGGGCACCCUCACGCGCUGCGCGGGGCUGGUCUCUUCUGGGGUGUCCUCUGGCCAUGCUGUGUAGGUGGGUGGGGCAGCAGCAGUGAGGGGACUGGGCAUGUCACCGUCCCACCUGGCUCACCCCUUAGACCUGCCCUGACCCUGCAGGCCGGGUGACAAAGGUUAAGUUCACUUUCUGGGCGUUGUUGAGCAAAGCGCAUCCCUCCCCUGGGCCUCACUUGCACUGGCGGGGCUCAGGGCCCAGAGUGUGUCAGGCUGGUUGUGGUCUCCUCUUUGGGGCAGCCUUGGGAUGGAUGGAAAGUUCUUUCCUGUCACUGCCCUCUGCUACCCCCAGGUGGGGUACGUGCACCUCAGAUCCCCACCCAAACUCAGGUCACACGGAGCAUUGAGCCACCCAACCCUGGAGAGCUGGAGGCCAGCCGCCUCCCCUGACCACAGCCCAGUCUCAGGGCCUCCAACCAUUUCCCUCUACCGGAAGCUGCCUACCUGCUCCCCACUGCGGCACCCCUUCCUGGCAGCCUACCCGGGACGUUUGAGCUGCAGCUCACAGUAUUCCCUGAGCCCCAUUAGAGGGCCAGGGGGGCUCUUGGGGCUGUUGGGGGCCAGGAACCUGAGGCCUUGUCUCAGCCUGAAUCUCAUGCCUUUGCUCAUGGCCCUGCUCCCAGAAAAGGGAGGCAUCGCUCCCAGCAGGACGCCCCGGGCCCAUGUCCCCCCAGCCUUGGGGCCAGGUGUACCCACACAGCGGCCCACGCAGUCCCCCUUUCCAGCCAGCACUGGCUCAGCGAGCUGGGGGUCUCGGGGCCUUGCCUUCCCCGGGGCCUUGCCUUCCCCGGGGCCUUGCGCCUCUCCUGUGUCCUCAGGGAGCCCCAGGCCUCAGCUCCUUUCAUGUUGGGGCCCCUCUACAGCCCCCCUUAGAGGUCCCCCAGCCCCUGGUCGGAUGGGUGGAGGGACGUGUGAAUAAAGACCAGCGUGGAGCCAA